AUGCCCUCUACGAUUAAGAACGUUGCCAUUGCAGGAGCCGCCAGCACUACCGGCGGGCCAAUCCUUGACGCUCUCAUCGCCUCGAACCUUUUCCAAGUGACUAUCCUGACUCGCAAAGGCUCAAAGCGCAUCUUUCCAGCGGAGGUUGCUGUCAAGCACGUCGAUUACUCGUCCGUGACCGAACUCACGGAAGCCCUCAGAGGCCAAGAUGCACUUAUCAACACCACCAACAUAGUCGAGCCCAUUCCCCAGAUCAAUCUCGUCGAUGCAGCUGCCGCGGCUGGCGUCUACCGCUACCUCCCCUCCGAAUUUGGGCUUAACAACAACAAGCCAGAGAUUGGCGAGCUGCCCGUUUUCAAGGCUGCUACGGAAGGAUUGAAGCACCUGCGAGAAAAGUGCGCCGCUUCCGGAGGUGUCAUGACGUACACGGAUAUACACAACGGCGGCCUUCUUGACUGGGGUUUCGAAACGGGGUUCACGGGCAUCCUGCUGGACGAGCGAGUUAUGACAUUGUACGACGACGGCUUCAACGAGAUUGCCUAUACAACGCGCGAAUGGCUAGGCAAGGCCGUUGUGCGUGUUCUCAUGCAUCCAGAAGAGACGGCCAACCGACCGAUAUAUAUAGCCAACGCAUAUGCGAACCAGAAAAAAUUCCUUGCCUUGGCACAGGAAGUGGUGGGCGAGGACGACUGGACAGUCAAGCAUCGCGACACGGAGGAGAUGUUUGCGCAGUCCAUGGAGAAGGUCGAAGCAGGCGACAUGGAGAUGGAAAGCCUGUUGGACUUUAUCCACGUUGCGGAUAAUAAUCCCAAGUACGAGACAAGAUGGGAGAAGGAUGAUAAUGAGUUACUCGGUAUCCCUAGAUUCUCUGAUGAGGAUAUCAAGGCUGUAAUAAGGAGGCUUGUAGAGUGA